AUGGCCGUCGCAUUCUGUUGUGGCGAGGUCUGGUCAGCACUGGGAUUCCGCCUCCUCCUGCCGGACCUGAUCGGGCCGGGUUGGAAGUUCAUGCUGCUGUGGAUCGGUCUUCCACCGCUCGCCCUGUUGUGCCUGGGCUUCCUCAGUCCCGUGGCGCGAUUUGAUACCCCUCACUUCCUGAGCGCCCGCGGCCGCCGGCAAGAACUUCGGGAGGCCAUGCACUUGAUGGCGGCCAUGAACCAUCGCGAGGUGUCAGUCUCCGAGCUCGCUAGCAGCAGCGAGGACUCUGAGGUGCUCGGGAUCUCUGAAGCUUUGGCAUCUUUGGCCACUCGAAAGCAGUCCUGGGGCGUGCUGGCUCUCUCAGUCAUGUUCUUCGUGAAGGAUCUGGCCUUCUACGGCAUGGGAAACUUUUGGCCUCUGGCUUGGCGGAAGACGCAGAGCCUCGCGGGCGCCAGCCCUGCCACGGAACUCCUGGCCACGGCAGCACUGGGAGUACCGGGUGUCGCGGUUGCGAUGCUCUUGAUCUUUUCCCUGCCCAGGCGCGUCGCCUUCGCCGCCGCCGCGGUCCUUUGUUCCUUCGGCGUUUACGCCGUGCACGGCAUCCUGGAUAAGGACAUGUCCCUCGGCUUGACUGGCGUGGUCUUCUUCAAGCUCUUCUAUCCCACUGCACAGAUGACGACGUUCCUGCUGCCGUCGGAGGUGUUCACGACGCAAAUCCGCGUCUGGAGCAUGUCCAUCAUCGCGUUCUGUGGGCGCAUGGCCCCACUCGCGGUGCCGGUGCUCAUCCACAGCUCCACCCGGCUCUUCCUCUACCUGACUAUGGGGCUGCUCCUACUCGCCUCGGUGUUGGUCUGGAGUCUUCCGGAGACGAAGGAUGCAGAGCUCAUCGAGACGCACGGAAGACCUCUUGUUUCCAAGGACGCCGCCUCUUACGGUGCAGCGGCUCACUCCGUUCCGGCGGCUGCAGGAUGA